GUAGACCCUCUGUAAUGCUCGAUGGUUGCUACUUUAUUGGGUCUUAAACUGUGAAGUGCACUAAAUUUUAUGAAGUUAGUAUCAAGUUAGUAUCCACAAUUGUUUAAGACGAGUGUUGUUUAUUUAACACGUGCUCCACAAGCUUUGUACCAUGGCGGACUCUACAAAUAUGUCAUUAGAUGACAUUAUACGAGCUGGUAGGUCGCGUGGUCGCGCGAGAGGUGGCACGAACAUGCGCGGGCGAGGACGCGGAAGCGGGGUCGGCCGCGGUGCGGUCAGGCGGAGGCGAUCGGAGACUCGCGCGGAGACCCCCGAGGCCGCGGGUGUGCGGGCUAGAUCCCGCUCGCGGUCGCAGGUGCGCCCUCGCGGCCGGGGCCGAGGCCGCGGCCGCGGACGGUCGCAGUCCCGAUCUCGCCAGCAGCUGCGCUCCACUUCCCGGGCUAGAUCAGCGUCUCGCUCGCGCUCACAGCAGAGAGGAUUGACGCCGCGAGGGAGAGCAGGAUUAGAAACUCAAAAUGUACCAUUACAAAGCAGAAUAGGCAGAUUUAGAGGAAGAGGUCAAAAUCGUGUUAGCCGUACCAGUUCUACUUCCAAUGUGCACGGCGACGUACGCAGCCGGCUCGGCGUGUCACGCGGCGCGCUCUCGGCCCGCGCGCGCCGCCCGCUCGCCGUCGCCAAGAGAGGCAUCGCCAAGCGCGGCCGGGGCCUGACCACACGCAACAAAUACACUUCGGUGGGAUUGAGAUCUGAUCAAAUACUAAAAGAACAACAUAAUAAGAAAACGCAAAGUUUGCUAUUUCAGGAUAAUAUCAUUCGAUCUCAAACAUUUACUCGGUCCAGGUCUAGAUCUAGAUCGCGAAAUAAUUCAUUAUCAAGGAAUAACUCACUGUCUCGGAGUAAUUCUCGGUCUAGGAACAAUUCCUUCACCUCGGCAUCUCAGUUAACUGUCAGCGUGGCUAAUGAUCUAGCAAAGCGACGUCGACGUAAUAGCGUUGGCAAUCCUAAUUACUUAAAUAAACAGAGCCUCGUUCAGCUGAAUAAUCAACUAGGUGGAUAUAAACAGAGGCGCGGGCCCGGGAGCGUCUACUCUGUGGGGUCCAACCGAUCAACCCAGUCUAAUAGAUCGAACCGGUCAAACGCCAGCGCGCGCUCGACCCGCUCUCGGGGCCGCGGACGCGGACGCGGGCGCGGGCGCGGUCGGGGAGUCAGCCGUAACUUUGUCAAUAAACAAGUCCUCAAUACCAAACUGCAGAAAGAAAUUGCUGCUAUUCAAGGAAAAGCAUCGAACGGCAAUUCGAGUGAAACACCAGUAGGAAUAAACUUUACUCCUACGCCGGCGAGCACUGCGCAAACCUUGCAUCAAAGGUUUGCUAGUUCAUGAUUUUUUAGUUUUCAUUAUUGCUAAGACUUAGGAAUUUUAAAAAGAUAGUGUCAUGUGUAUUGUGUAAGUAAGAAACCAAUUGUUUUUGUCCUAUGUUAAUUAGAUGUUGACAGGGGCGGCCCUAGGCGGCGGUCAUUGCUAUGCAGUGUUCCUCCUGCUUGCGUGCUUAAUGAGACAAUCUUAUAAAUAUUGCCUUACAGACAAAAGUGCGGCAACGAGUAACGGCAUACGGCAAUGGAACUGCUGCCGUGCCGUAUACCGUGUUACCGUGUGAUUGAUUGAUCAGAAGGCAAAUUGCCGUACCUAUUUUAGGAAUAACGCUGGUGGAGUGCAUGGCUGCCACUGAUAUAUAUUUCGAGUUGAUUUUAUUUCUCUAAAUAACAUGGGAUUGCAAUCGAUUGUUAUAAUAAGUACAUUAGGGCGUCUUGAUAUGUAUUUGUACAGUAAAUAUGAUAAGACAAAUAUAAGUAUGUUAGUAUGUAUACCUAUGUGAUUAAAAUAUCUGACCGCUCGUACAUUUUUAAUAAGUAAAUAGUGCGGCGCAAUAGCUUUUACCAUUUUGUUGAUGGUCAUUUUACACAAUGACACAUACACUACCUCUCAUAACUAUUUAGGCACUCGUAAUUUUUCCAUACAAUUGUAUACAAAAUCGACUUUCAGAAUUAUACCGCUAAGUCGCAGUCGGGUAACAGUUUUUUGUGCAGUUUACUUUUUUUAAUUUAACAGACAUAUCGAGCUUCAGAAUGAUGUGCAGAAUAUUCGUGUACAUUGCCUAUUUACCAAAUGGAAAGCGUAAAGAAAUCCAUAAAUCGUUUUCCAGUACAAAAUCGUUUUAUUUUGUAUGAACUAGUACAUAAGGGUUUUUUAAAUCGUUGCAUAAAGUAAACUCGAAAUUUUAAAUCUUUGGCAACAAUUUGAGGCUCAAUAUAUUUACCUGAAUAAAAAUUCGAUCCAACAUGUAAGACAGUCAUUUGCCUGCGAUCGAACAGUAUGAUUUUGAAAAUAAUUUUUGUAUACAAUUGUAUGGUGAAAAUUGCGGGUGCCUAAAUACUUUUGAGCGGUAGUGUACAUUUGUGCCAUUUUCAAUCAAAAGGGUACUUAUUGUCGGUUGUCAAUAAGGCGCUAUUUCCAUACAGCUUCAAUUUGAAAUCAACCUUAUUGACAAGCGACAAUAUGGUACCUUUUGGUUGAAAAUGUCACAUUUAUUAGUAGAUUUUGGUCUUGUUUUGUUUUUGUAACAUCUAACAAUUAUAUUUUAAGAGAUAAUAAAUCUGGCUUUUUUUUGA